GCCAAGUGGGGAUUCUGGGAAGAAGGCUUCCCCCAAGGUCGGGCAGGAGUCAGAACCUGGAGGAUCCAGCAGAGCCUGGCCUGGGACUGGUGACAGCAAGAGGCCAAUGAUUGCACUGGACUCCUCCAGAGAACCCUGAAUAUUCUGUCGAGGUCAGUGGAGAGCAGUCUCCAUUCCUGUCUGCAGUGAAACCUCACGUGGCCACAGGCUCAGGGAUCAGGACAUGGAUGUCACUGGUGGGGAACAAGAUCUACCCUCCUACUGUGUUUACGAAAGCACACUCUGGCACUGCAGCCAAUGGCAGGUGACUGAACUGAAUGAGGCUGGGACCACACCCCUGCCCCUGGCGAAGCCCGGGCCUGGCCUGCCAGGAGCACAGGGGAGACAGGUGGGCGGCCCACCUGUGGGGAGGGAAGGGCAAAGCCCCAUCACAGAGGGCCCCCACAGGCAGCAAGGCCAGAGGACAUCAAGUAGAGGCCUGGGGCAUGCCAUCAGCAAAGAUCAGCUCACACCUACCUGAGUCCAGGGCCAGGGGACACAUUACAUUCAGCUAUGAGAAUGGGAUCCUAACCAGACAAGUUACACUCCACGUAUAUGAAAUACGUCACAUAACUCUACUGCCACAAAUUUUAAAAGAUUAAAUUUAAAAAUAACAAAUUUAAAAAGAUUAAUUCACUUUUUUAGGAUGAGGGGCUGAACCCAGGGAUGCUCUACCACUGAGCCCUAGCCCCAGCCCCCCAUUUUUGUUUUGAGAUAGGGUGUCACUGAGUUCCUGAGGGUCUUGAAUUGUGAUCCCCUGCCUCAGACUCCCGAGUAGCUGGGAUUAUAGUUACGCCACUGUGCCUGACCAAAUUCAUUUCUGUAUACUAGAUAUCCAAAAUAAAAUUAAGAAAAUUCCAUUCACAAUAGCAUGAAAACUAGUAAAAUACCUAGGAACUACUUGAGCACAGCAGUUCAAAUGCUGAAAACUACAUAAACUGAAACUUAGCGGAGAGCUGUUAAAUAUCUAAGAGCUGGGUGCAGUCCCAUACCUGGGAUCCCAGUGCCUGGCAGGGUUGAUGCAGGAGCGUUCCCAGUUCCAGGCCAACCUCAGCAACUUAGUGAGACCCAGUCUCUAGGGAUGUGCCCUGUGGCUCAGUGGUAGAGCACUUGCCCGGCUGGUGUGCAUGCAUGAGUGAGGUCCUGGGUCUGACUCUCUGCAUCACCAAAAUAAAAAUCUUAGUGAAGGGAAGGCACUGUGCUCAUGGGUUGGAAGGCCACUGUUGAGAGGACAGCUUGGCCACAACAAGGACAGAGCACAGACACAUGACCAGCAUGUGUGGACCUCGAGGACGUGCCCAUGGGAGGAGCUGGGCAUGAGGGAUGUCCUGCAGCUGGACUGGCCACUCCAUGUGGUCCAUGCGUCUGCUGGGGCUGCUGUAUGUUGGUGCGCUUGUCUGGGAAAAGCUCUGAGUGCAGGAUCCACACACCACAGAGCCAUGUCAGGAAAGACGCAGGGGAGGGCAGCAUGCCCAGCAAUGUUCAAGUCACCCCAACACGCUCUAGAAGAGCGUUUCAGCCUGACAGAGAAUGAAGUUGAGGAGGAAAAAGGAUAAUCGAAGAGUGUCAAAAACAACCAGCCCGGCACGGCAACCACACCUGGGACCCAGCACCUUGGAAGCUGAGGCAGAAAGCUCAAAAAUUCAAGGCCAGUCUAAGCAACUUAGGGAGACCCUGUUUCACUGAGCCAUGCUGGAGGUGUGGCUCAGUGGUAGAACACCCCUGGGUUCAGUCCCCAGGACCAAAGUAAUGACAAUAGGAAAGAACCUAAAAAGCACACACAGGUCACAAUAGAGACACUGCAGAAUCCCCUGUGGGGAGAUCGCAGCCCAGCUGUGGCCUGAGGCACCCCCUGAAGGAGGACCUGCCUGCCCAAGUCAGAACCUAUGGAGGGGUCCAUGGUAGGGGGCUGCUGCUGCAGGGAUACAAACCCCAAGGGAGUGACUAGAGUCCUGGAGGAGCAGUGAGGCCACCUGAGCCGUGCGGGGACAGUGGCAGCAGACCGCAGUUAAGGCUCAGGUGGACCGCAGCUGAGACAACAUGAGAACAGAAUCCAGGCUGUGUUCAAGGACUUGAAACCCCAGACCUGACAGACUGGUGACAGACGCUGUGGAACCAGCCCUCUAUGUCCUGUAGGGCUGCGGGGAUGGAGCUCAACCUGAGAUCUGGGGCUGCCUGACAACCAGGAGCUCUCACCAUGGUGACCAGCACGAGCCAAGCCACAGUGCCAGAGAAGAUGCCAGCAUGCUUUCAAAGACAUCUUGGAUGGCCUAGCAGACACGCCCACAUGGUGGCUUCCAGGGCCAGCCAGCCUCUGGAAAGGCGCUGGGUCCCCUGGGGACUGAUACAGCACAUUAAAGCCACAGUGCUACCCUCCAUUUGCCAGCAGCAAAGCACAAAGACCUCUGGAGGCAUUUUUGAGGAUGGGGGUGCUUGGGUCUGCACCACCCAGAACCCUGCAAAUGCACCCCACGGGACUCACAGCCCUUGGCCAUGGAAGCACUGCUGGGAACUGCCUGGGAACCAUCCCACACAGGCAGAGGCACCUGCCUGAUGUCAGAGGAAGCCAGAGCCCAUGCUUAGCAUCACCAUGCACCUGAGGGCCAAAGACAGCCCUGACCUCAAGUCAGGGACAUGCUCCAGUGGCCCAGAGUGGCUGCCAAGGAGCAGGGCCACACUGGGGCAGGGUACGCAUCUUCUGCAGAGCCCAGGGGCUGAGCAGUGUAUCAUGCAUACCCCUAUGUGGCCGUGGAAUUUGAGAGGCUGAUGUGGGCCUAACCCAGCUGCCAAAAUCCUGAUUGGGGUGUCCCCACCAUACAAAGCUGGCCUUCAGUGGACAAGAAGAUCCCAGCCCCUCUUCUCCCAAAGUAAACCACGGUGACACUGACUCCUCUUUCCAAAUCUACCUGGGAGCCAGGGUGGGGCUCUCAGAAGAGGCCUCGGCCGCUGGCCUCAGAGGCCUGCUGAGGCCGCACUUUGGCUGUGUAAACUGCGCUCUGGGCUCCAGGCAUGGACUUUCUCCCUGUGGAUCUAUAAUUUCUCAGAAGAGAGGUUGAGGAAUGAACUGGAAAAUCCCUGGAGACAGGGCAGCACAGGUAGGAUCUGCAGUGCCCUGCUCCCCACUGUCUGACCUGGUCGGCCUCUUCCUACCUCACAAAGAGGUGCAUGUAUAGAGAGCCCCAAGCCCCCCGAGCAGCCCCUCUGCAGCCCUAGUGUUGCCUUUUCUGGCACUUUCUGUGCAUCCUCAUUCCCACUGUUCCGAGCAGGGUGGAGAGUCUUGAAGAGAGUCUGCUGGAGGCCAUGGGGUGUGGGUCAGGCCUCACCCACCAGGCCCUGGAAGAGGGACUCGAAGCCAGGGAGUGGAGCAAAGCCUGACCACCCAGGGGUGACCUCUAGCAGGCCAGACACCAGGUACCCGUCCCUGUGGUCUGCAUACAAUGGGGUGGCCAGGCCCUUGGCCAGGUCCUUGAUGGAGACUUGCAGGAAGUAGGGGGCAGGUGGAGGCUGACCGCUGGGCCACAAGACCUGACUCAGAGUACAGGCUGCCCCACUGUCUUCCCUGCCCGCCUCUCCUAGGUCAGUGCCAGAAGAGGCAAACACAAGGUGGCCAGUGGCCCUGCCAGGUGUUCCUAGAAGAGGCCUUGGGGGAGGAGCAGUGGUCAGACACUAGCUGACCUUGAGGUCACAGGUGGGGCUGAGGCUGGGCCUGGACCCUGAACAGCCCCUGGGCCUGGAAUGUGAAUGCAAUGCGGCAGGCAAGGAGCAAGGCAGUCAAAGGCCCACUCAGGCUGUUAGGAGACCCCAGGGCAGGCAGCAUGCUGGGCAGCUGGGCUGGGCAUUGGGAAAUGAGGUGGCACUGGUUUAACCUAACACAGUCAGACAGAGUCAGGGGACCCUGGGGUCCCUGGUGCCCCAGGAGCUGCCCAAGGGCCCCUGCUUGUAUCAGGAGCUAGUCAUUGGGUCCCCCAGGCGCGUCUUGAGCACAAGCCCUUCAAAGGCUGCUGUCGGGGUGUCCCUGCCCCCACCUCUGGGCGCAUCCCACCUAUGGGGGGCACACAAUGGACCUGAUGGCCCCCAGAGCAGCACCACAGCCCACCUCAGAUCCUGAAGGAGGCCUCAGGGUGGACAAGGCCCCAGCCACUUCCCUGCACUCUCUGACCCAGGGGAUCUGGACUAACACUGGCUGCCCGGCAUGAGGGGGUUAAAGGGGCUGGGGCAGGGCUGGCUGGCGGGCUGUCCCUGCCGUGGACAGGGACAGGAAACACAGGGCAGGGGCAGCCGGCCCAGCAGACUGCCUUUGCUCAUUGCCUGCUGCAGCCUGCUCUGACGUGGGAUGGCCUGCAGCGAAGGAGGCCUAGCCCUGGUGGCACUGUUGGUCUCCUGGGCAGCACUGGGCCCCUGUGGCCUGGGUGGAGCAGAGCCCAGAGUGCUGGCAGACACCGAGGGCCCUCAGUGCCCGGCCAUCUGCAUCUGCAGCUAUGAGGACGACACGGGGGAGCUCAACGUUUUCUGCAGCUCGAGGAACCUCACGCACCUGCCCAUCGGUAUCCCAGAUGGCACCAGGGCCCUGUGGCUUGAUGGCAACAACCUCUCUUCCAUCCCCCCAGCGGCCUUCCAGAACCUGUCCAACCUGGACUUCCUCAACCUGCAGGGCAACCGUCUGAGUGGCCUGGAGCCACAGGCACUCCUGGGCCUGCAGAACCUGUACCACCUUCACCUGGAGAGGAACCAGCUGCGGAGCCUGGCAGCUGGCUCAUUCGCGCACACACGCAGCCUGGCCUCACUCAGCCUCGGCAACAACCUGCUCGGCAGGCUGGAGGAGGGCCUCUUCCAGGGCCUCCCGCAUCUCUGGGACCUCAACCUUGGCUGGAACAGCCUGGUUGUGCUGCCCGACAAGGUGUUCCAGGGCCUGGGCAGCCUCCGUGAGCUGGUGCUGGCUGGCAACAAGCUGGCCUACCUGCAGCCGGCGCUCUUCUGCGGCCUGGGAGAGCUUCGGGAGCUGGAUCUGAGCAGGAACGCACUGCGUAGCAUAAAGGCCAGCGUCUUCGUGCAGCUGCCCCGGCUGCAGAAGCUCCACCUGGACCGCAACCUCAUCACAGCCCUGGCCCCUGGCGCCUUCCUGGGCAUGAGGGCGCUGCGCUGGCUGGACCUGUCGCACAACCGUGUGGCCAGCCUCCCAGAGGACGCCUUCCCUGGCCUGCUGGGCCUGCACGUGCUGCGCCUGGCACACAAUGCCAUUGGCAGCCUCCGGCCUCGCAGCUUCAAGGACCUGCACUUCCUGGAAGAGCUGCAGCUGGGGCACAACCGAAUCCGGCAGCUGGCAGAGAAGACGUUUGAGGGCCUGGGGCAGCUGGAGGUGCUCACGCUCAACGACAACCAGAUCCAGGAGGUCAAGGCGGGUGCCUUCCUCGGCCUCUUCAACGUGGCUGUUGUGAACCUCUCUGGCAACUGCCUGCAGACCCUCUCAGGUCAGGUGUUCCGGGGCCUGGCCACACUGCACAGCCUUCACCUGGAGGGCAGCUGCCUGGGCCGUCUGGGCCCCCAGACCUUCGCAGGCCUAUCAGGACUGCGCAGGCUCUUCCUCAAGCACAGCGGCAUCUCCAGCCUCGAGGAGCAGAGCCUGGGAGGGCUGCACUCGCUCCAGGAGCUGGAUCUUACCUCCAACCAGCUCUCACACCUGCCCAGGGGGCUCUUCCAGGGCCUCAGCCAGCUGGAGUACCUGCUGCUCUCCGGAAACCAGCUAUCAGCCCUGCCUGCAGACCUCCUGCGGCCCCUGCAGCGGGCCUUCUGGCUGGACCUCUCUCACAAUCGCCUGGAAGUGCUGCCUGAGGGCCUCUUCUCCACACUGGGCCAGUUGCGCUACCUCAGUCUCAGGAACAACUCCCUGCAGACCUUCCUGCCACAACCUCCAGGCCUGGAGCGCCUGUGGCUUGAGGGCAAUCCCUGGGACUGUCGCUGCCCACUCCGGGCGCUAAGGGACUUUGCCCUGCAGAACCCCAGUGUUGUGCCCCGCUCUGUCCAGGCUGUCUGUGAGGGUGACGACUGCCAGCCCGGGUAUACUUACAACAACAUCACCUGUGCCAGCCCUGCCAACGUCUCGGGCCUCGACCUGCGGGAUGUUGGCGAGGACCACUUUGCACACUGCUGAGCCAGGGCUCCUGGCUUGGCACCCCUGCGCUUUCACUGUCCUCAGCUCCUGGGCUGCUCAUUCACUGGGGCUAGCAGUCCUGGCAGCUCAGGAUGCUUGGGUGGGCGCAGGCUUGUAUGUACCCAAGGGCCUGACCAGAAGGUGGAGCACAGCAGUGUCCCAGCUGCCAACAAUUAAAGUGAACUAGCAGACACA